GGGCGGCGGGAGCGGAGUGGGGCACGAUCCGGCUCGGGGCGGCGAUGGCUGAGCUCAACGGCGCCGUGGAGAACGGGCAGCCUGACAGGAGGGCGCCGCUGCCGCUGCCGCGGCCCGCCCGGAGCCUGGAGGUGAAGCACUGCCAGAUAUUUAUUAACAACGAAUGGCAUGAAUCCAUAAGUGGAAAGACGUUCCCCACGUAUAACCCCUCGACCCUGGAGAAAAUCUGUGAUGUACAGGAGGGAGACAAGCCCGACGUGGACAAGGCGGUGGAGGCAGCAAGAGCCGCGUUCCAGAGGGGAUCGCCAUGGAGACAAAUGGACGUCUUGAGCCGCGGGAGGCUGCUGCACAAAUUGGCCGACCUCAUCGAGCGAGACCGAGUCACUCUGGCGACUUUGGAAACUAUGGACACGGGGAAACCUUUUCUUCAGGCCUAUUUCAUUGACCUAGAAGGCUGCAUAAAGACGCUCCGAUAUUAUGCUGGGUGGGCUGAUAAAAUCCAAGGCAGAACCAUUCCAGUCGAUGAGAAUUUUGUCUGUUUUACCAGGCACGAACCAAUGGGUGUCUGUGGGGCUAUAACUCCAUGGAACUUUCCAUUGCUCAUGCUUGUUUGGAAGAUGGCACCGGCACUGUGCUGUGGGAACACACUGGUUAUUAAGCCAGCUGAGCAGACUCCCCUCACUUCACUCUACAUGGGCUCGUUAAUCAAGGAGGUGGGAUUCCCUCCAGGUGUGGUAAAUAUAGUGCCAGGAUAUGGCCCCACAGCUGGGGCUGCCAUUUCUACCCAUCAUAACAUUGACAAAAUAGCUUUCACUGGCUCCACCAAGGUUGGAAAACUGAUCAAGGAAGCUGCCUCUAAAAGCAACCUCAAAAGGGUGACGUUGGAGCUGGGAGGGAAGAACCCUUGCAUCGUCUGUGCAGAUGCUGACUUGGACUUGGCAGUAGAAUGUGCCCAUCAAGGAGUUUUCUUUAAUCAAGGCCAGUGUUGCACUGCUGCCUCUCGAGUAUUUGUGGAGGAGCAGAUAUACCCAGAAUUUGUCAAGCGCAGCGUGGAGUAUGCCAAGAAGCGACUGGUUGGAGACCCGUUUGACGCCAGGACUGAGCAGGGGCCCCAGAUUGAUCAAAAACAGUUUGAUAAAAUUUUGGAACUGAUAGAAAGUGGGAAGAAAGAAGGUGCCAAGCUGGAAUGUGGGGGUCUUGCCAUUGAAGACAGAGGCCUGUUUAUAAAGCCCACUGUGUUUUCUGAGGUUACUGACAACAUGCGGAUUGCUAAAGAGGAGAUUUUUGGGCCGGUACAGCCAAUCAUGAAGUUCAAGAGCAUAGACGAGGUUAUAAAGAGAGCGAACAGCACAGAGUAUGGCCUCACCGCAGCUGUGUUCACUAAGAAUCUGGACAGAGCACUGACAUUAGCUUCAGCGCUGCAGUCUGGGACGGUCUGGAUCAACUGCUACAAUGCCCUGUAUGCACAAGCUCCUUUCGGUGGCUUUAAAAUGUCAGGAAAUGGCAGAGAACUUGGUGAAUAUGCCUUGGCGGAAUAUACAGAGGUGAAAACUGUCACCAUUAAACUCUCCCAGAAGAAUCAUUGAGUAGGCGGCUUCAUCCUGCUGACGCUCUGAAUGUGAUACACACACAUGGGGGACGUGUUCAGAAUAUGUGGGCAAAGGAAGAAGAAACCAGCACUUGCUUCAAGGAAACUUUCCAUCUAUUCUCUUUUGGAGGAGCUCACAGGUGCUUGCCAAUUGGCUUUUCAAAAUUGCAUUUGACACAUUUGCUGUCCCCUCGUUUUCCAGGACACUGCCCUCGACAGACUAUCCCGAGCUCUGUCUGACCAGUGACCAGAAUUCCAGACAUCCUGCUUUACAGGGAAUCGGCUUUUAUCAAACUGUGCCCUUGAAAGCAGUAUCACUUGCCCGGAUCAUGUUUGAAAGACCUUGGGACUAUUCCUACAUUGACGUAUGUGGGCCUCACUUGGAGUAAAUGAACACAGCUCCAUUGACUCGAGUGGCAUUGCUCCUGCUGGUAGUGGGUGCAAUGCCACUGAAGUCAAAGGAGUUUGUCAGAUGUGAAGACCAUAGCCCAUCUCCUGCUGUCAGGGGGAGCGUGGCUGUGUGUGCAUGGGAGUUUUGAAGCACUUUUAUCAGAAGAGCUACCUUUGCUUUCUCUCAUGCACAUGCAUCCCUGAGGCUGGUAGAAGCCUGGUCCUGAAUUACAUCAAUGGGAGUUUUCUUACGCACUUCCACGGGGCCAGGAUUUCACAGGCUUAAGAUCCACGUGUUCUUUGCUGCCUGUCUCUUGGUGCACACACUGUGCAGGCGCUGAGAGUACAAGUCAUUGACUCCAUAAUCCACCUGGCUCCAGAGUCGCUCAGAUCACAAGUCAUUACUUCGGCACUUUUCACAAAAGGAUUUUGCACUGUGUCGCCACUGAGGGGAGAUGGAAACCGGAGCUGAAAUCUUCUCGGAGGAGAGGAAAGAUGGAAAGACAGCCUAGUUUGCCUUGUGCUUCUUUUGCUAUCCUUUGGAUUCCCAUGCGUGAGGUUCAUUUUGUUCAACUAGAUCUGUUUUUGAGGUUGAACAGAAUUAGAAAGCGCCCCUUCCUCUGCCCUCCCCACACCCCCAGUGAAUGUAGCUUAAAAUAGACUCUUCAAAAUACACAAUGAGAGAAACUGCUCCCAGGCUGUUUAACUCCCAGUACGUUUUUGAGAGAGAGAGGACCUGAUCCUUUGGUAGCUCCAUGGCUUGGUCCUCCAGGGUCUGAGUUGGAGGAUACUAUUGAAGAACCUGAUUGAGAUGCACCAUGUCUGAAAGCCCUGGGUGAGAAGGGAAGUUGCCAGUGGUGUGAGCUUACUCCCAGAGGCCCCAAACUGGAUAGCACUGCCCAAGAUGGGACUUUGGUUAGGGGGCAGGGGAUGCUGUGAUUCAACUGCCUAUGCUGGAGAGGCUUCCCAGAGAACCCUUGACUAAGAGUGAAGGCAAGGAAAGUCUGAUGGGCAACCACUGCCCCCAUGCGCUAUGUCAGAGCCCCGCUGGCUUCCACACAGCACUGAUGAGGAGGACCCCGAGGUGUCGGUGGAAGUCCUGCAGGUGGCUAAAUAGCAAGUGUCAAAUACUAGGGUCUUGAAAUGGAAAUGCAGGCUCACUAUGGCAGUGCAAGGCCAGAGCAAGAAACUAUACAUCUCCCCCAUCAGAAACAGUUCUUCUACGUAAUUAAGAAUUACUCCCAUGCUGCUAUGCAGGGAGACCUGUUUACUUGGACCUGACCUUCCUUAAGAGCCAACAAGCCUUGAAAGAAAUGGGGCUUUCACACACUUUAACGUCUCAUCAAUGACCUACCCCCAGUAGCUGUAGGCUAGGGAGCAUUUUUUCUCCUGUGAGGCAGGAUAUCCACAGAUGAAUCUUUCUCCCUGAAACAGAGACUCCCUCCUCCGUCCCCAAAAGUCCAAAUGGGAAACCUGUAAAUAGUCUUCUGUUUUUUGCAAUGUGUAGCAAGGAAGCUUAAGCGCUUCCUCAGAAAUCAUUUUCACCACUGCUUAGUGAAUGAGUUUUUAGCAUCCAAAGCUAGAACUAGACACAAGGCAAGUACGUGGUAAAAUCAGGCAAGA